CACAUCCGUACACGCUACUCAUUCUCAGUAAACACUGUCUAUAUCCCUAAAGCUCUGCAGGAGUGCCGAGAGAGAGAGGAAAAGGUUUUCUAUUUUUGAUUGGCAUAAAAUGGAAACCUUUUCUUUUUUAUUGUCAGAUUCCCUCACAAAAACGAGAAUUCCAGAUUUGGGUUUGUUCUCUCAAGAUUCACUGAUUUAGCAGAUCCGAGUUCGUCAAUUUUCUAUUUUGGGUGCACCGAAAAUUGAACCUCAAACUCGAUUUUAGCAUUGAUUUUCAUUCUUCAAAAACCUUUUUGUUCGUCUUUAAAGAUCAUAGGCCAUAGCUAGUGAACAAGGCUCUGGGUCUUCAGUAACUUCGAAAAAUUUCAGCUGGGAAACCUAUGAUUUUGCUUUAAUCCUUUUAAUUUCCUAAGAAUUGGGUGGGAACUAGUUUUUUUUUUUUUAGGAUUUGAAGCUUGGUUGUUAAGGCAAAUUCAGUAUAAUAUUGAGGAAUUGCUUUGGGAGGUUUUGCUGAUCUGGGGAUAUUUGUAAUUUUAAGGGGGGUAUUUCAAUUAUAGUCAUGUUCUAUGGGGCGGUAGUAUGGGAUCCUUGGCUUAUUGUAGCCCAAAUUGUUUGCCUUCAAUGUUUAUAUUACCUUACUCUUGGAGCCUUCUUGUCAUUCCUCGUCGGCACCCGCGUUUCUCGUUUGAGUUUGGUCUAUUUCUUCGACUUUGCUACCGUCACUACCUCCACUGUUACUGGCUGGUGUGUCAUCGCUUCGUUUCUGCUCAGCUCUAUUGCAGGAGCUGGUUACAUGCUUUAUUUGAUUGAAAGGGCAAAAAAGUGCUUGGAUUUUGCAGCAACCCUCUAUAUUAUCCAUCUUUUUAUAUGCCUAAUAAAUGGAGGUUGGCCUUCCUCAAUAACAUGGUGGUUUGUGAAUGUUAUUGGAGUUGCAGUGAUGGCUUUGCUAGGUGAAUAUCUGUGCAUUAGACGGGAACUCAAAGAGAUUCCAAUAACGCGAUACCGAUCAAAUGUUUGACUGCCAAAGUAUCAGAUGCAAAGUAAAUUCUUUGUUUUUCACUGCUACGGAUAUACUUCUUUAGACACCAAACUAAUCAGCAUCCAGUGACGAGAAAGAACUAGCUUUAGUUACAGAAUCUAGUUUUAGUGUUUCUGGAUAUAAUAUAAGAAGUGUGUCUGAAGAUGAUCGAGAGCAACUAAGAAAAUUUGUGAUAGUGGUGCUGAAGCACGAUUUGAAGCCGGAUCACAUAAGGGUCGGUGAUCAUUUUGUGUUUGAGGGAGAUCUAAAUAAACUAUGGGUGGCUUGAAGAACGAUGGUAUGCUGCUUUCUGGUACUGUUUAUCUGAUUUUAUCUCGGCAUAGUUGCUCUAUAUUACUAAGACUCAAGUGUGAGAUAUGAAUAUGUGUCUAACACGGGUAUAUCUCAAUCUUUUCUUUCAAGUUUUUCCAUAUUAUAUCCUCGUACCCCGUAAUAUAGUUGGACAUAGAUAUUUUAAGAAAAAUGAAGAGUUGGAGUUUGAUUUGUUUUUUCAUUUAUUUAAUACAAUUGUUUGGUUGAGUUUUGCA